AUGGACUUCCUCCAGGGCCUUCCCGGGCCUGGGGGCUCUGAGUUUUAUUCCUUUACUGACGCCGAUCUCAUGGAUCUCUCAGAUUCUGACGAGAUGGCGACCAGCACCGGCAAGCCAGAGACCCCCAACGACAAAGACAAGCUCCAUCCUGAAGUUCUCAAAGAUCUCGAACUCCAUCAGGGCUUCAUGCGUCAAGCCAUCGAUGUCGCCGAAGACGCUCUCCGUGGAGGCGAGACGCCAGUCGCUUGUGUUCUGGUCUACGAGGGCAAAGUGGUUGCGCGCGGCAUGAAUGACACGAACCGAUCUCUGAACGGCACGCGGCACGCCGAAUUCCUCGCCAUUGCGCAGUUUCUCAGCCAGAUGCCCGCGAGCAAACUCAAGGAGACGGAUCUCUACGUCACGGUUGAACCAUGCAUUAUGUGUGCUUCUGCCUUGAGGCAAUAUGGCAUUCGCCGUGUCUUCUUUGGCUGUGGCAAUGAUCGAUUUGGUGGAAAUGGAAGCGUGCUUCCGGUUCAUUCUGACAAGGGUUUGGAGGAGGGCUAUCCAAGCUAUGGAGGGAUUUUCAGAAAAGAAGCCAUCAUGUUGCUGCGUCGGUUCUACAUCCAGGAGAACGAGAAUGCGCCAAACCCACGCGCCAAGGGCAACCGAGAACUGAAGCAAGUCGUGUGA